AUGGAAAGCAACCGGCGGAACAAGGUCCAGUGUGAAAGGGAGAGAGAAAGGCAGUUAGGGAACAGUCCUCGCAUGUGUGCUAUUUCGAGCCACAAGAGCUUGCCCGGAACUGGCGUUGCCUUGUAUUGUUGGCUCUCUUAUGUCGCCUCUACUAUUGCUGAACACCUAUUUGCGCCCGCUGGAGGAAGUGUUGCAGCACAGUGCAAGGGUAUUCCAGGACAAUGUGUCGAGCAAGAAGAGCAGCGACCCCACGAGACACUUGCGCCAGAACAAGCAUUUGAAAUGAUGAAGCCAGGCGUCGUACGGGUGUAUGCAAUACAACCUGAGCUAGCAUCUGCCUGCAAGCAGGAACGAUGCAUGGCUUCACCUGACCGGGACCCACACGUGAUUGAGCGCUUCCACUUCCUUGGCUCAGGUUUCUUCUUCGAUGAUCGUGGCCAUGUUGUUACAGCAGCUCAUGUAGUAUUGCGGCUCGGUGACUCAGAAGAAGAAAACGCAUUGAAUUCGGCGGCAGAUUUUAAACAGGAUCAAGGACUACAAGGGGAUUUUGUGCCUUAUAGACUUGCCAUCAAGGACUCUGUCGGCCGGAUACAUCCAGCAAGCCUCUGCGGCCUAGAUAAGGUAACGGAUGUUGCUGUGCUCCGAGUGGAGGGCAUUCCCAACGAUGAUAGCUCCCAAACUUUCUGCAAAAAGUUCGAUGAAGCACGUCCAUUGAUGGGGGAGAUUGUCGCAACUUACGCUGCAACGGAGCAUGCAGACGAGUCAAUAGGGGUGGCAGGCCGAGUGCUCCAGCCUCGUCAAACCUUCAAAUCACUAGACAGCUCUGGAUGUCUGGGCUUUUUACAACUGCAACUGCUGACUCUCCCCGGCAUGUCUGGAGCCCCUGUAUGUAACAUGAGUGGUCACGUAGUAGGAAUGCUUGUUAAGAAGUUUGACAUGUGCGGGCUCGCGCUGCCUUCUCCAGUAGUGCGCCGGGUGGCAGAAGCUCUACGAGAUACGGGAAAGUUCACUUCGCCAUCGAUUGGCUUGCUCGUGAAGGAGGAAGUUCCCUGCUUGGCUUCAUCACACCAAAAGCUACCACGAAGAUCAACGUUAACGGUUUGUGGAGUAACACCUGGGGAAGCUGCAGAUGUUGCGGGUAUCCAAGAAGGUGAUCGUAUAAUUAGCGUGCAGGGAGAGAGAAUUGAUUCAGUCGUACAGCUUCGAGAACUUGUCGUGCUCCAUGGAGGCGGUUCUAUGGAUGUCACUGUGAAGCGCGGCACAGAUUGCACAGCAGACUGUGACGAUUUUUUAUUUAAAGUGGGUCGUCUCCGAGAGAACGCCUCUCCAGGAGAGUGA